AUGCUCUCCACGGUCGCAAUGGUCCGACUUCCGAUGCUGCUGGCAUUGGCUGUCUCAACCUUGGCAGUUCCCGGGCAAAAAGUGCUCGACGUCAAUAGAGGCACUUUUGCCUCUAGCGACGAGCCUCGAAAACUGACGGGACGAUUCUUGCACAUUACCGGUUUGCCUCUCUACCCCCCACAGGCGAACAGCGUCACUAACCCCCCGCCAGACUUUCACCCCGACCAGUUCUACAAAGUCCACUCCGACAUCGAAGAUAGCUGCCAUAGUGGCAAGGGACUCGCCGGCGCGUUUGGCGCCGAAGUCUCUGAUUGUGACUCGCCGAUAGCUCUCGCCAAUCAGACCCUCGAUUGGGUCCGCGACAACCUUCGCGACAAGAUUGACUUUGUCAUAUGGACCGGUGACAAUGCCCGUCACGACAACGACGAAAACCACCCCCGUAAUUCGGAGCAAGUCCUUGGUACCAAUCGUCUAGUCGCUGCCAAAAUGUUUGAGGCGUUUGCAACCGACACCCCCCUCGGGCCUGUUCUCGAGCUGCCAAUUGUGCCCACCUUUGGCAACAACGACUUUCUCCCCCACAACAUCAUGGUUCCCGGCCCCAACCGCUGGUUCGUAGACUAUGCAGACAUCUGGGGCCCCUUUAUUCCCGAAGUGCAACGCCAUCAGUUCGAAUAUGGCGGAUGGUUUUACACCGAGGUCGUUCCCAACAAGCUUGUUGUGUUUAGCCUCAACACCAUGUUCUUCUUUGAGCGCAAUGCAGCCGUCGAUGGGUGUGCGCUGGCCUCGGAGCCUGGAUACAAGCACAUGGAAUGGCUGCGUGUCCAGCUACAACGACUGCGCGAUAGCGGUAUGAAGGCCAUUCUCAUGGGCCAUGUCCCGCCGGCGCGAACCAACAGCAAGCAAAACUGGGACGAAACAUGCUGGCAGCGCUACACUCUCUGGCUGAAACAGUACCGUGAUGUCGUCAUUGGAUCGCUCUUUGGCCACAUGAACAUUGACCACUUUGUGUUGCAAGACACAAAUGACCUCGACGAGGACAGCAUUCUUGCCAGAGGCGACGUCAACAUUCGCCAGAGCCUGAAUAUCGGUGACAACGACGAAGCCUUCAUUCUCGGCAAAGCCGACUAUCUUGAGGAUAUUCGUCAGCAGUGGUCCAAGCUGCCCACGAGUGCCGGACACACUAUCGACAAGGAUGUCGAAGGCGUGGAAAUGGAAGCGGAUGAUGAUGAAGAUGACUAUGACAUUGAGACCCUUUUCGGUAAGAAAAAGGGCAAAGGCAGGAAGAAGAAGGGAGACAAGAGAAAAAAGAAGAAGAAGGGUCUCAAGAACAUUGGUGGCAAAUGGGCCGAGCGAUAUCAGAUCUCUGUCAUCGGGCCCAGCGUCAUUCCAAACUAUUUCCCCACCAUGCGUGUGUACGAGUACAAUAUCACCGGCAUCGAGGACAAUCCCGUCUGGAAAGACGUACAUGGCACAGCUUCCACCAUCCAGGGCGCCCAACUACAACGCGCGCACGAGGCUGGCCUCUCUCCACAGGAGCUCAAGCGCCGCUCCAGCAACGAGCCUGUUAUGACCGAGGCCGAGUUUGAGGCGCAGUUCCCUGACAUUUUUGAAGUCGACGAUGCUGUGCACGACGCCGGCAAGAAGAAGAAGAAAAAGAAGAAGGGAAAGAAGAGAAAAGGUCACGGCCCACCUUCACUCACCAGCCCGCCCGGACCUGAUGCCGACUCGCCGCCCGGACCAGCCUACAUGCCACAAACGCUCUCGUGGGUGGCCUUUACGCAGUACUACGCCAACCUCACGCGCAUCAACAACGAGGCCGAGCACAGCGACGGUGAGCACGACGUCAAUCGGAUGCAGUUUGAGGUCGAGUACGACACGCGCGACGACGAGUGGUACCAGCUCCGCGACCUGACGGUGCGGGAGCUGCUCAAGCUGGCGCACAGCCUCGGUGCGGAUGCAGGCGGCCGCGAGGCGGUCGCAGCCGAGUAUGACGUGAACGACGUGGAUGGCGAAGACGGCUGUCGGGCAGAGGACGAUGAGGACGUAGACACGUCGGGGAAGAGAAAGAAGAAGAAGAAGAAGAAGAAGGGGAGAAAAGGGAAAAAGGAUAAGAAGAAUAAGCUGUGGAUCGAGUUCCUCCGACGUGCGUUUGUGGGAACCAUCGGCGACGAUGAGUUGGAGGAGCUCUAA